UUUAGUGCAGCCGUUAUCUCACGCGAACCGAUCCGAAUUUGUUGUCCGCCAUUUCCGCCGCGCCGUGUAAAGCACUCUACUGCUUCUGUUAGCUGCUGCCUGGGUAAACUUUUGGAUAACAUUACAAGUGCAACCCUUUCAGCUAAAGGUGUUACCUACUUAAAUAAUUUUGUGGAUAGAACAUAAUAAUAACAACGGUUCAAGGAUGGCCAAAAUGGACACACAACUGGUGUGGGCCCGUGAUCCAAUCGAGGGCUACAUCCAAUGCCGGAUCGAGAGUAUUGGCACAAAGGAUUUUGAUGUGACACCGAUUGAUACAAAAUUCCCAAAACGUGUUUGCGCCGUCGAUGAUAUAUUCUCAUCGUGUGAUGGACCACAAGAUCAUGACGAUAACUGUGAAUUGAUGCUCCUCAAUGAGGCCACAUUCCUUGACAAUUUAAAGACUAGAUAUUAUAAGGAUAAAAUCUAUACAUACGUUGCCAAUAUUCUUAUUGCUGUCAAUCCAUAUCGGGAGUUAAACGAUCUUUACGCAUCACCAACCAUCAAAAAAUACAAUGGCAGGUCAAUUGGAGAACUUCCGCCCCAUGUGUUUGCUAUUGCUGACAAAGCAAUACGAGAUAUGCGUGUUCUCAAAGAAUCACAAUCCAUUAUUGUGUCUGGUGAAUCAGGAGCUGGAAAAACAGAAUCCACCAAAUAUUUGCUCAAAUAUCUCUGUCACUCUCUGGAUAGUGCUGGUCCAAUAGAACAAAAGAUCUUGGAUGCUAAUCCAGUGUUGGAAGCAUUUGGUAAUGCUAAAACAACUCGCAACAAUAACAGUUCCCGAUUUGGUAAAUUCAUAGAAGUUCAUUAUGAUUCCAAGUGUCAAGUUGUCGGAGGUUACAUUUCUCAUUAUUUAUUGGAAAAGAGUAGAAUUUGUACUCAAAGCUCGGAGGAAAGAAACUAUCAUGUGUUUUAUAUGCUUUUGGCUGGAGCUCCCCAACAAUUGCGUGAUAGAUUGGGGCUGGGCAAGCCGGAUGAUUAUAGAUAUCUUUCGGGUUGUACUCAAUAUUUUGCCAAGCCCAAAACUGAACAACUCAUUCCAUCGUCACAAAAGUCAAGCGAUCACAACUCGAAGGGUCCAUUAAAAGAUCCCAUCAUCGAUGACUACGAACACUUUCAAUCUUUGGACAACGCUCUUGGUCGUCUGGGUCUUAGUGGAGAUAAUAAAUUGGAAAUAUACUCUCUAGUAGCUGCUGUACUCCAUUUGGGAAACAUAGCCUUCGAAGAAAUUCCCGACGAUGCUCGUGGUGGCUGCCAAGUUUCAAAGGCGUCCGAAAAAUCAUUGACCAUCACUUCAAGACUGCUGGGUGUUGAUCCAUUUGAACUGCGACAAGCUUUGGUAUCCAGAGUUAUGCAGAGUAAAGGAGGUGGCAUUAAGGGAACUGUUAUCAUGGUUCCUUUGAAGAUCUACGAAGCCAGUAAUGCACGAGAUGCUCUUGCAAAAGCUAUCUACAGUCGCGUCUUUGAUCGUAUUGUCUUUCUCAUCAAUCAGAGUAUUCCUUUCAAGGCAUCAAGCUAUUACAUUGGUGUUUUGGAUAUCGCUGGAUUUGAGUACUUUCAAGUGAAUUCAUUCGAACAAUUUUGCAUAAAUUAUUGCAAUGAAAAACUACAAAAGUUUUUUAACGACAACAUUUUGAAGAACGAACAAGAAUUAUACAAACGCGAAGGUUUAAAUGUUCCUGAAAUUAAAUUCACUGAUAAUCAAGAUAUAAUUGAGUUGAUUGAAUCGAAAGCAAAUGGCAUCUACACUUUGUUGGAUGAGGAGAGUAAAUUGCCCAAACCCUCGGCAAUGCAUUUUACUGAUGAAGUUCAUAAGGCAUGGCCAGGACAUUUUCGUUUGGGAUUUCCUCGUUCUUCACGACUAAAAGCACAUCGAACCCUUCGCGAUGAAGAAGGUUUCCUGGUGAGACAUUUUGCUGGAGCUGUGUGCUAUAAAACGGAACAAUUUAUUGAGAAAAACAACGAUGCUUUGCAUGCAUCGCUUGAAGGCCUCGUCCAAGAAUGUGAGAAUCCUCUUCUUAAAUCCCUUUUCCCCUCUGGAAGCAAUACUUCCCGCGGAAAGCUCAAUUUCAUAUCUGUAGGAUCUAAAUUUAAGACACAACUUGCCGAACUAAUGGAGAAACUAGAAAAGAACGGCACCAACUUUAUUCGUUGUAUUAAACCGAAUAGCAAAAUGAUUGAUCGUGAUUUCGAAGGUGGUCUUGCUCUGGGUCAGCUCAAAUGUUCUGGCACAAUUUCAGUUCUUGAACUGAUGGAACACGGUUAUCCAUCGAGAGUACCAUUUGCUGAUUUGUAUAAUAUGUACAAAUCAUAUCUUCCACCUGAGCUGGCCAAACUCUUACCCAGAACAUUCUGUGAAGCUAUGUUACAAUCACUCAAUCUAAGUUCGAAAGACUUUAAAUUCGGUAUAACUCGAGUUUUCUUUAGACCAGGAAAGUUUGUAGAGUUUGAUCGUAUCAUGAAAUCUGAUCCAGAGAAUCUUAAGGCAAUUGUUGCAAAGGUCAAGAAAUGGUUGAUUCGUUCCAGAUGGAUUAAGUCAACUCUGGGAGCUGUUUGUGUUAUUAAAUUGAAGAAUCGUAUAAAGUAUCGCAACAAAUGUGUGCUUUUCAUACAGAAAGCUGUUCGUGGCCACUUGGCGAGGAAACAACAUCGCCCAAGAAUUCUUGGAAUUUCAAAGAUAAACAACAUUCGAUCGAGUGCAGCAAAGACUGUUGAUAUUGCCAAUCAACUUAAGGCUGGAAAGGAGAGCAUUAUGAGUGAAGUUAAUUCACUAGAAUCACAAAUUGAUGAUUCAAUCAAGAAAAUAAAGGCAAAUCCGAAAAUAAAAGCGAAAGAAAUAGAUGAUCUUAUGAAUAGAAUCACAGGCAAUAUGAACAAACUUACGGUGGCUUUGAAUAGCAAAUUAGAGGAACAAAAACAAGCUGAGGAGCAAGAAAGACUUAGGAAAGUUCAAGAGGCACUAGAAGCUGAUCGUCGUGCAAAGGAAGAAGAAGAGCGAAAGAAUCGCGAAGACGAGGAGAACAAAAAACUGAAAGCUGAAAUGGAAUCCCGUCGCAAGGCUGAAGAAAUAGAACGACUGAAACAAGAAGAGGAAGACCGCAGGGCGGCCCUUUCACUGCAAGCCCAAUUGCAAAAAGAAGCCGAAGACGAUGCCAAGUAUCGCCAACAAUUGGAACAAGAACGUCGUGAUCAUGAAUUAGCUCUACGAUUAGCUAGUGAAUCUAAUGGCCAGGUGGAGGAUAGCCCGCCCGUGAUCAGGAAUGGUCAAAGCGAAGUUUCGUCCAUGGGGCCAAACAAACUUAUCAGUUUUAGAGGAGUUACAAACUUCGCAUCGCGUUUCCAUCAAAAGUCAGAAAAUGUUCGCGCUCAGCAGCAACUCUUGGGCAAACAAAAAUACGAUUUGUCUAAGUGGAAGUAUUCUGAAUUGCGUGACGCCAUCAACACUUCCUGUGAUAUUGAAUUGCUAGAGGCAUGCCGACAUGAAUUUCACCGCCGCUUGAAGGUAUACCAUGCCUGGAAGGCAAAGAACCGCAAACGCACCACUAUGGAUGAAAACGAACGAGCUCCAAAAAGUGUUAUGGAAGCAGCUUUCAAAACUCCGCCACUAGUACAGCCCAAGCAAGAAAUUACAACUGCCCAACAUCGGUAUUUCCGUAUUCCAUUCAUGCGUGCAAAUGCGCCAGAAAACACAAAACGUGGGUUGUGGUAUGCCCACUUUGAUGGUCAAUGGAUUGCCCGCCAAAUGGAACUGCACGCUGAUAAAGCACCUAUUCUUCUUGUUGCUGGUGUUGAUGAUAUGCAAAUGUGCGAACUUAGCCUAGAAGAAACAGGACUCACCCGAAAACGUGGUGCCGAAAUACUUGAACACGAAUUCAACCGAGAAUGGGAACAUAAUGGUGGCAAGCCGUAUAAAAAUCUGGGUGCUAAUAACAACCAUUAAACUCAACAACACACCAUACCAUAAAAACAACACCAUCGCAUAGACUUUUUGUUCUUGAUUUUGGUUUUCAAAUCGAAUUUUGCAUUUUCGACUUUUUUUUCUUUACUAUUCUUUUGAAACUAAAUUAAAUCGCAGUAAACAGAAAUAUUUCCAACAUAAAGUAAAAAACAAAAACAACACACACAAAAUCCAGUUAAAGUGCCUUUUAGUUCCCACAUUUUUUACCAGUUUUGUCCAUUUCGACCAGUUUUUAAAAAAAAAAUAAUUUUUCUGUUUCUGCGAAGUUAAAAUAAAUAAAUAAAUUUUAAUUUCAAAAAUGUAUGCAAAAUUAGAUUUAUACGUUAGAUAAAGAAAAAUUUAUUAAAUAUUUAUCACAGUAUUGAAUUUUUAAAACUAACCGAAUUCCAUAAAGCAUUCCCAAUGUAUUUAAAAAAAAAAGAAAUAUCUUUAUCUUUAAAGGAAUAUACAAAUUAUUUAAAUAUAAAACUCCAACUGUUUAAAAUUUAAAAAAACAUAAAAAUAAAAAUAAAUUUAUAUAAAUGCAUUUAUAUACAGAACAAAAAAUAAAAAUAAAAAUUGCUCUAGUAAAUUAAUUAAAAUUAAAUGUUUCCAUAUUUCAAUAGUAAAAUUUUUAAAAACAAAUAAACAACUUAUAUUAUAUAUUUAAUAUAGUUAAAUAGUUUGAAAUAAUUUAUGGAGAAAUAAAAAGAAAAACGAAGAAAAAUUACUAUAAUUUAUAAUGAAAACACAAAAAAUGGCAUCUCUUAUGUUUUAAAUCUAACGGUGUUUGAAUAUUUGAUAUCUUGCGAAAAGGAUGUACAAUUAUAAAAAAAUUAUUGAAGCAUGGGAAAUAAUAAAAUUAAAUAAAUAUUAUUAUUAUUAUAUUGAUGUAUGCAAACUAUGUAAAAUUAAAAGAUAACACAAAAUAAAAGAUUUCUAUUUAUAAAUUUGAA